AUGUUAUUUUUUAACUCAAUCGCGCUUUUGAUACUUUCCGUUGCGCUCCUAAAGGCAUCCACGGCUGAGGAUGCUGAUGCUAAGAAGAAGUUAAGAUCCCAUCUGAAGCGCGAUCGGCUUAUAGCUAACGGCAAGCAAUUGCGUUUUCGCUACGGUCUUAUAGGUCGCUGGGCUGACGCUAUUGUGCCCUAUGAAAUAGAAGGGAGCUUCAGUAAAAAAGAAUUGACAGCAAUUAAUAAUGCUUUCAAAGAAUAUCACACUAAAACUUGUAUUCGCUUCAAGUCUCGCAGCUCUGAGCGCGACUAUAUAGUUAUAACGCGUGACAACACCGGUUGUUGGUCGAGUUUGGGUCGCUUAGGUGGUCGGCAGGUUGUGAAUUUACAGAGUACACUCUGCUUUCGUUAUUAUGGCACACCGAUGCAUGAAUUGAUGCACGCACUCGGCUUUCUGCAUGAACAAAAUCGACCGGAACGCGAUAGUUAUAUACGUGUGUUGAGUCAAAAUGUCAAGAAUGGUACGAUGGUGAACUUUCAAAAGGGUUCAGCUCUAGAACAUUGUGCUUUCGGUAUACCUUAUGACUAUGCCAGCAUAAUGCAUUAUGCCAAGACGAGUUUCUCGAAGAAUGGCAAACCCACUAUUGAAGCGUUGAAACAAACAAAUGAGGCGCGUUUGAUGGGUCAACGUAACGGUUUUUCCAAAGGUGACAUAGCGAAAUUGAAUGCAAUGUACAAAUGCAGAAAAUAAAAGAUUUUAUAAGU